AAUUCUUAUGCACCCCUCAUUCUCUUCCGAUUAACUGAUUUAUGGAGGUUAUUAUCUUCAGAUUAAGUUUAUUUAUCGGCUAAUGGUUGUCAGAAUUGUCGCGGUUAUUUCUUUCGCUUACCCUGUUUGGUCUCUCGGAGUCGGAGGAAAUUGGAGGGAGUGAAAAGCUAUUCUCUCUGUUGAAGUUGCUAGUAUAUCACCUGCAAAUUAAGGAAUGGCCUUGUUAGCACGAGCUUCUUUGACAACAUUAUCAAAUAUUUGCCUUCCCCAAGCGCGUAGACGCAUUAAAUUAUCCAGUUUUUCAUAUGGGUCUAAUAAUUUCCCUAAUGUGCACACCAACCGUUCCCCUGUUUGUUGCACAAAAUUGACUCCUUGGGAAUCUUCUCCAGUUACAUAUGCUCCUUCUGAAACUGAUGGUGAACAAUUCUUGGAAAAAGGUACGAGCAUAUUUGAUAGGCUGAAUUCUGAGGAGAUAGCUGAAGCACCAGAAACCGCCACUGAAGAACUUGCAGGCACAAAUAAUGGGCCAUUUGUGCAACGUCAGCUGCUUAAACUGCCAAUGUGGGUUUUGGGUCCCUCUUUUCUCCUCGUUACAGGCAUGGUUCCCAGUCUGUGGUUACCUGUAUCUUCCAUAUUCCUUGGCCCAAACAUGGCCAGCUUGCUUUCACUGAUUGGACUUGAUUGCAUAUUCAAUCUCGGUGCAACUCUUUUUCUCCUUAUGGCUGAUUCUUGUGCUCGGCCAAAGCACUUGAACAAACCGACCAUUAGCAAGCCUCCUUUUAGCUAUCAGUUCUGGAACAUGUUUGCGGCUGUGACUGGAUUUGUCAUCCCCUUGAUAAUGUUGUUUGCAUCCCAUAAGGGUUUCCUCCAAACCCAGCUGCCUUUUCUCUCGUUUGCCGUUCUAUUAGGUCCCUACUUUCUGCUUCUGUCAGUACAAACACUAACUGAGAUGCUAACAUGGCACUGGCAAUCCCCAGUAUGGCUAGUGACCCCAAUUGUGUACGAGGCUUAUCGUGUGUUGCAGCUGAUGAGGGGUUUGAAGCUUGCGGCUGAGCUCAGUGCUCCUAACUGGAUGGUGCAUACCAUCAGGGGACUCGUUUGUUGGUGGGUGCUCAUCCUUGGUAUACAGCUUAUGAGGGUUGCUUGGUUUGCAGGUUUCACUUCACAAGCUCGCCAGCAAAUAUCUUCGACUUCUACUCAUGGAUUGUAAUAUUCAUUGUUAUACAUGAAAGAGAGUUGUGAAGUAAUACUUCAAGUUCAGAUUUGUAAAUUUAUUAUGGGCAUGUAUUUUUUUUCCUCAAUUGGCAUGCUUUUGGGGGAUAUCUGCUACUGUACCUUCUACCUCUAGUCCUCUACUCUUAUAUACCAAAUUAUUCAAUCUUUUCUUUCGUUUGC